GUCUUGUUGGCUGCUGCCGUCCAAUUUCCCCUCCUAUCCUUCCGUCCCCAUCACCGUUUGUGUCCCGUUUUCUGCUUCUCACCAACCCACCUCUCGUUUCGCAGCCCCAAACCCCGACGCGCUCGCCACGACCUCCAGUCUUCUCCAUACAACACACACGUCACCGCCGACAUGGGUAAAUUAGGGAGAUUCGCCGCCAUCUUCAUUCCUAUGGCUUUGACCAUAGCCUCGCUCAUCUGUCUGAGCAUUGUUUGCGUCGGUCAGAGCAAUAAGGAUAUGGAUUUAGCCAAUGACUUGUAUUUCUUCAAGGCCAUUACAAAGGAUGUGGAUCUCAACCCCAAUGAAAAAGCCGGCGAAAAGGUCAACGAAGCCAACGAUAAACUCAAGAACCUCCCCAAUAGCCCCCAGUUCAACGAGGAUCUGUUGAAGGCUCUCCAGGGCAGCGCCAAGUCCAACAAGCUCACCGACUUCUACAAAGUCGGAAUCCGUGGUUACUGCGAGGGCAAGAUCGAUGGCGACAAGGAAAUUGUCGAGAAAUGCAGUGACCAAGUCAACUACUUCUGGUUCAAUCCCAUCGAAGUUUGGGGUUUGGAAGGCACCAGCGCCCAAAACAUGUUCUCGGACGAGUUCAAGAAGGGUUUGGACUCGUACAAGAAAGUCGCGAAGUGGAUGGUGACUUGCUACGGACUGGCCCUGGCUGCUACUGCCCUUGAGAUCCUCAUUGGCAUCACCGCUCUUUUCAGCAGAUGGGGAAGCCUUGCCACUACCAUCGUCUCAUGCAUCUCCUCUGGCCUCGCCUUUUCCGCUGCGCUGACCAUCACUCUCCUAUACUCGUCGCUCGUCGGCAUCUUCGAGACGGUCCUCAAGCCCUACAACAUCGACUCGGAGAUGGGCAAGCAGAUGCUCUCCGUGCUCUGGCUCGGCGUCGCCUUCUCCCUCGGAUCCGGCAUCUUCUGGCUCUUCUCCACUUGCUGCUGCUCCGGAAAGAGCGACAAGAAGAAGGUCAAGGUCGAGAAGACGCCUUACACCUACGAGCGCGUCGCUAGCCCGUACCUCGGUGCCAGCGCAAACAACUCCCACCAAAUGCACCCCGUCGCCCCUCACGGUGGUCACGGCGCAAAGUUCGAGCCCUACAGGAACGGCCAUUAA